AUGUCUCUUCAAUACUUCCCCGCCGUCAAGCCCUCGGCCAUCGCCAUCGGCACAGCCUUCAACCAAACCGUCGAGCUAGCCGUCCUCAGCCCUCUCUUCGGCCAGACCUACCAGCGCGCCAAGGCCGCCAACACCAAGGAGGAGUUCCUCCGAUCCCGCGAGGCUUCCUCCGCCGCUGUCGCCUGGGGCACCACCCUCGUCGGCUCCGCCCUCCAGAGUUAUGGCGUCGGUGCUUUGAUCAACGCUACUGGAACACUCACUUAUAAGGGGGCUGCGUAUCUUGGUGGUCUCAUCUUCUUGGCUACAUCUGCUCCUACUUACAUUGCGCAAGUCUUGCAAGAGAAGCGUCCUCUCGAUACAGUUGGUGUUAGCGUCGCCGCGAAGCUCGUCGAGACUGUUGGACUAUCUGUAUUCCUCACCUGGUGGGGAACUCGCAGCAACCCCUUUGACUAA